UCCCAAUGGCCAGUGCCCGGCGGUGUUCGGAGGCGCGAGACGUCGUCGUUACGAAUUCGCGAGUAGGUAUUUUCGUACACAAAUAAGUGUUUUAAAAAUAAUUUUAUCCGUCUGUUGUGGAGUUGUUGGACUAUGAUUUUGUUCAGAAUAGAGUAGGGGCAAUCGGCAUAAUAAUUAAGUAUUUUUCUUUUAUUAAAUAACUGAACAAAAAAAAUAUGCUGCAACGGACUAAGUUAAUAUUUGCAUAAAUUAAUAAAUUCAUCGUCGAUAGUAAAAAUUGACAGUGGCUCAGGAUCAGCAAAAGAUGUCGCUGGUGGCGCCUAGGAGAGUGCAGUGGGAUUGGACCAAUUCAAUACCAUGGGAGCAGGCUGGGUGUGAUCGUGAGCCGUACGCUGACGUCGCGCGGCACAUCUCUCAUCAAUCAAAAUCCUCGUCUUCGUCGGCCGACACAGCCUCACAAGGUUCCGGAUCAGCAGAGCAGCCUAAACCACGCAAAUAUGAGCCGCCGAAACAGGAGCGUCGCGCGGAGGUCUGUCCGGCGCGAGUGCAGCCCAACCCGCUGUUGAGAUCGCGGACCCUUCCCAACUUCGGCGGCAAGUGCUCCCGCGAAGUUUCCCGUUGUGACACGUCCCGUCGCGCGCAUCACAUCACCAUGGCGACCGAAGACCUGCUGCAGCCGGGACACGUCGUCAAGGAGAGGUGGAAGGUGAUGAAGAAGAUAGGCGGCGGCGGCUUCGGCGAGAUCUACGAGGGUCUGGACCUGGUGACGCAGGAGCAGGUGGCCCUGAAGGUGGAGUCGGCCAGGCAAGCCAAGCAGGUGCUCAAGAUGGAGGUGGCCGUUCUCAAGAAGUUGCAGGGCAAAGAGCACGUGUGCCGCUUCAUCGGCUGCGGAAGGAACGCUCGCUUCAACUACGUGGUGAUGCAGCUGCAGGGUCGCAACUUGGCCGAACUGAGGCGGGCCCAGCCCAGGGGAGCCUUCUCCCUGUCCACGACCCUCAGGCUCGGCCUCCAAAUACUCAAGGCGAUAGACUCAAUCCAUUCGGUGGGCUUCUUGCAUCGGGACAUCAAGCCGAGCAACUUCAGCAUCGGGCGGCACCCGUCCAACUGCCGGCGCGUGUACAUGCUGGACUUCGGGUUGGCGCGCCAGUACACCACCAGCACGGGGGCCGUCAGACCUCCCAGGGCCGCGGCCGGAUUCAGAGGCACGGUCCGGUACGCCUCCAUAAACGCCCACAAGAACAAGGAGAUGGGCAGACACGACGACCUCUGGUCGCUCUUCUACAUGCUGGUCGAGUUCGUCAACGGCCAACUUCCCUGGAGGAAGAUCAAGGACAAGGAACAGGUCGGUCUCAUGAAGGAGAAGUACGACCACCGCCUUCUGCUGAAGCAUCUUCCGUCAGAACUGCGCCAGUUCCUGGAACACGUGCAGAGUCUGGAGUACGCAGACGCCCCGGAUUACGGGAUGCUGGCUGCUCUCUUGGAGAGAUGUUGCAAGAGACGCGGCAUUAAGGAUACCGAUCCCUAUGAUUGGGAGAAAGACAGUGUUCCCGCUCGCGCUCGAGUCCCUCUCCAGGCCGCUCCAGAAUUACCGCUGCAGCCUGACGUACCGGACAGGACGUCUCGUCGACGCGAGCCUGAUGCGACGACGGCGGCGGGAACCGACACUCAAAGCAACCUGAGGACGUCGCCGAGACAUGCGCACGCGCAUCUCAACGGAUAUUCCGCCACCGUGGAGAAAGCGGAGAGGGAGAAAGAGAAGGAGCCCGAGCCGAAGACCACUCCGGCGCCUUCCCCCGACAGGCACGUCAAGGAGACCUCGACCUCGGCCCUGGCCAGCAGCACGCCCGGCCGCCCCGAGAGGCAGAGCGUGCCGCCCUGCAAGCCUCGGCCCAACGCCACGGGUGCUCCGACCUUGGCCCGCCUGCGUGUCGUCACGGCUCCGCCCACCUGCGUCCAAGAGUUGGCUCAAGCCUCGCCUUCGAUCACCGGUAACAGCCUCGGCCGCGUCUCCGGCGUUCGGUUAUCUCGCGAGACGAGCAGCCCGCGGCUGGGCGCGGACGUGGACAGCGUCCACUCGGACACGCACUUCAAGCGAGGUCGUCGCGGCGGACGUCCGACUCGCGCCGAGCAGAGCGUGACGCAGUGCGCCGUGAUGGAGGACGAGAACGCGUCGCAGGCCGUCACGCGAGGGGCGGCGCUCACGCUCGUCUCGCUCUGGAAGUCGCAGUUCGACGACUCCUCGGAGACCACCGACAACGACUGGAAGCACGAGCACGCGCAGUCCCCGGAGCACCGUCAACGAGCUUCGGCGGUGUCCUCCUCGAGCAAGGAGCCUCGCACCCAACCGCCGCUGACCCACACUUCGCAGCACCACACCCACACGCAGCCCACUCUGCCUUCGCAGCCCACGCAGAUCAACGUGGUCGUGCCCGGCAUCAAGGAGCCCGUCGAGCCGUCUCCCGGACCGCAGGUUGAGAAGGAAAAGCCGGAGAGGGCGGAGAAGACGGAGAGCGCGAAGAAGGGGCGAAGUCGGUGCUGCCUGCACAGCGCGGGGGUGGAGAAUUUCCCCAAGGUCGUCCCGCUCCUGCCCCGCAGCUGGUCCUUGCCCGCUAUCGGCUCGCACGUCCGCGACAUCCGGCCUCCUCUGCUCCAGCAGGCGUCCUUCGACGACGGCACCGGCGCGGCCCUGCGGUACCGGCUCGACGUCAUGCGGGGCGUCGCCGCGAGGCUGGAGCCCCACGAGCCUUCGCCACGGCGGAUCGUCCGCCGCGGGAGUUUGCCGGUCAGCUCGGCGUUUCCAGUCUUAGAGUCGGACGCGUCGACGGACGGUCGGAGCUUCCGUUUGAAAUGCGUCGAUCGAUUGCAGAGCGUGUCGAAUUCGGGCGGCGGCGAGGCCCCGGCGUCGGCGCCCCGAGAGGCCACCGUCUCCAGCCGCCUCGAGAUCAGGGUCCGCCGCGACGACGACGCCUCGCCCCUGCACUCCGCGGUGCGCAUCCAGUCGGUGGUGGUCGGAGCCAACGAGGAGGCCUCCGUGUACUACGACGCCACGGACAGGCAUCGCGACAAACGGUCUUCCACUCGCAGCGCGGAGAAGAGCCGCAGCGGAACGGAGAGGCCGCGACCGGAUCUGCCCGACAGAAGCGGUUCCGUGCGUCGCGACGCGAGCGGCGCAGGCGACGGAUCCAGUCUCAGAGACCGAUCGGCGGGCAGCGGCUCUCGUAUUCCGGUGGCCGCCGGCGCUCACCGGUUGGCCAAGUGCGCUUCUUGGAGCGGAGAUCGAGAUCCGCCUCCGCCCACCGUCGACGAUCUCACGCCCGCGUUGCGCCGGCGCAGACAGAACUCCGAUAAGUAUGCGAUGGAUCCCGCCCGGGAACUGAACCUGCGAUUCGCGAGACCGAGACAUCGACCCUUCGCGCAGCCGCCCGCCAAGGCGGAGUCCAGCCGGUCGGGCUCGUCAUCGUCGGGCUCCCCCCCUCCCGCGGGGAGCUCCCCGGCGCCCCCGCCCCCCGCGCCUCCCCCCACCGCACCGACCCACAACGCCGCCAGGGCCAGGCGAUUCCGGCCGCUCUCCAUCGCGCCCUAGCUCAGAGCAGAAGAACAAGUCUGACAGCAGUGAACAUGUGUUCGACCUCAAACGAGCAUACUCUGUACCGAGUAAAAUGUGCCGGCGCAGGAGUCGCGGCGUAUGGUGUUUUGGGAUCGUGAACUGUUUUUAAGCUCUUCCAAUGCUGAAACUGAGCGAGCCGGGACACGAUAUGCCGUGAAAUAAAUGCACACGUACUUCUAUACAUUUAUCAUUUACAGAAGAAAAGUUGUUAUUUUUAAACCUUUCAUCGACUCGGGUUUCCAUUAUACUACGGUUCGAUCUUUGAUAUUAAAAGGUUCCUCUGUUCUGAUGUCAUACUAUAAAUAAUAUUUUUAAUAAAAUGGACCGUUUUAUAUAAAUACAGUGUAAACUCUAAUUGGCGAUGCUGACGAGUGCGUCUCCGGGCUUUUAGAGAGUAUUAUUUACACAUCGUGGUCACAACGAACAACAGAACGUACACCUAAUGAGUAAUGAGGAAACGAGCUCGUUGCGUAGAGUUUACACUGUUUAUUGAUCUCCGUCUCUCUUAAUGUCACUCACUCUCUGGAAUUCAUGUUUCUCGUCAUAGUCGUACAUUGAAUGAACCGUGCAAUGUGUGCGUGAACUCACUUUCCCUCAUUUGAAUUUUUUUUUCUCUUGGACUAACAUUUGAGAGCAUUAACUGGACUGCUUAGUCCAUUCUUUUGUAUUUAGCUUUCUCGAUAAGGUAAUUUGCGACGCAUUGUGCGGUUGAAAUCCCUGAUCGAGAUCCUGUGAGUGGAUUCGUUCGGUUCCCUGAGCUUCGUUUAGUAUGAAAUAAUUAAAUGUUAAAAAAAAUUUAAAACGGUGCAUGCACUACCUUUAAAAGUAAAAAAAUUGUCAUUUCACUAAUAAUUAAAAGUUUAAUAAUUGUAAAGGAUUCGUCUUACGUAUUUAUAGUUUAAGCUUUACUUCGCCGUUCGUCCGACGAUAUGUUCUCGUUCACCGUGUGUAGAUCCUUAAAUCUUAAGUUAAUCGAACGUUUUGAACUGAUUAUUUUAUGGUUAGUAAUUUAUUAGAUUUCUACUUUAAGCCCCAAAGCUCAUUAUUUUAUUUAUUAAUUUUAUGUAAGACUGGCCGUCCUCGAAGCCGAGAAAACUCAUCGACAUCGAUUUCUCAUUUGUCGAUCCGUUUGGUUGGCCAGUCGUGUCACUUGCAUAGGAUAUGAUGGAAGGACGCCUCGGUGUUAUUUUCGGAGACACUUUUAAUCUAUAAUAAGAGUGUUUCGCCAUAUUGACAUAGUAGUUUCAGUGAAAAUAUAAUAAAGUCAACUUGGUAUAUAAUACGAUUAGACGCUAAUGUAAAUAUGGUCAGUGAUAAUUGAAUGUUUAAAUUUGAGAUGAAAAAACAAAGGCAGGCGUUCUGAUCACUCGCAAUGAUGCCUCGUAGUUUAAAAUUAAAUGACUUCAAAUGCGCUUGACUCUGAACAUAAAAAACUCGGCUGUGUUGCCAAUUUUAACAAUUCUAAAUGAAUGAUUGAGAUAAAACUUCUAUUAAUGUUAUAAAUGUCAGAAUAAAUCAUGAAUUUCUUAUUUUAAUAAUAAUGGUGAACGAACUGAGCUUCUAAAAACUGCUUCGCGUUUGCCUUUGUUUUUUAAUUAGAGAUUUACUUAAAUAGUUAUUUAUCUUGCUGCUCUAGUAAUACCUUACACUGACGUUUUGCUCGCGAGAACUAUUAAUACAGUAACUGAUAUAGAGCCACUCGCUUAUUUGGCCCGAUGAGGGCGAAAGACGUUCGAAGCUAAAGAAUCGGAUAAGUUUGAGGUAUUUUAUUGGUAUUACAUGAAUUUCGAGUGUCAACUCUACGAGUGAUCAAUCGUAUGAAGAGUGCAUUAAAUAUGACGGUUGUGUUCAUAGACUUCGCACGGAUCUGUCGUGACUGAUACUCUCGUGUGAGAUAUCCCACUUGAGAUAGUUUAGAUAGCCUGGUGUUGUAAGAAAGUGGGAACAAUACAAUUGUAAGAAAUGGAUAUGGAUCGGAAAUCUAAUUAAAGCAUCCAGGUUGUUUAUUACCACAAUAUUGAAACGGCAAUCGCUUUUCUGAAUAUGGAUAACAUUUAGUUAUGUAUAUUGUGUUCAAUGAAUUUAUCAAAAGGCUCUCUGAAAUCGAAAUGAAUAGAUAGUGAGAGUAGAAAUGCUUAUUAUUGUAAAUCUUAUGAAGGGUUAUGAUCCGUUUAUUUUUUAGAGACCUAUGGUCUCAAAUCUCGAUGUGAGUCAUGUUGUAAAUUUUUUAAUAUUCGAUUAUUCUGUUUUAUAUGUUAGUGUUGCACGCGAAUCUCGUCGAUAUUCGUUUCAUGUCUUCAGAGGACAGUAAAAAACGAGGCUUUGUAAGUCUAAUAUCUUCGAACUAUAUACAUAUGUAUAAAUAUAUUACUAUGUUGUUAUGUAGACGCCAUUCGACUCUAGUCUCUGCUGCUUAGUUUAGAAUAAUGUAACAAAACUAUAGAAUUAAGAUUUAUUGGUAAUUUCGAGCGGUGUGCGACUUGACUGCGAUAUCGCAGGCUGCAGCUAUCAGUGGCAAUUGACAGCUGUCAGCUGCGACAGUAGUCCAAAUUGUGUUUGGCGGGAAAUAAGCUGAAGUUUACUGACGCUUGGGGUCGGCCGCGGGCCCCACAACACAUUCUAGUCUACGAACAGCUUCCGUCUCAUAGUUAUAUUGAUGACAGAUAAAUAAAAUUGGAGACAAUUAUUUUUGACAGAUAAAAAUUAUGUAUAAAGUUGUUGUUAUAUAAUUAAGCCCUUUUAAUGGAUAAUAUUGCGGCGCGCUGACGCGAUCCCAUGUCGGAGGUGCACGCUCAGUUACGUUUGUUUUGCGAUUUUUUUAUAUUUAUCAAAAUAUGCACAAUGAAAUUUAAAUUAAAGGUAUUUGCCCUUUA